UAGUUUUCACUUUUCAGGUAUGCCUUAGCGGUCCACCAGGCAAUCUUGUAGGUGACCACGUGGUCUGGUGUGGGCUUCGUUGUCUGACCAAAUGAAAGUUGGUAGAACUAUUUGGAUCCUUUCUGGGCUGCUAACUGUAUCAUUGUGGACCUAACUUGUCACGUGGACUUUGAUGACCUGGCCUUCAAGAAGAAUUGCCUUAGAAUAAUGAAUCAUUCGUAAUCUCAAUUCAACCAAUCAUAUGUCUCUUCCCACGUGGGACUUAAUACCCCAUCAACUUAAUGACAUCACAUUCACCUCUCUCUAAAAAAUGUAAUAGUAUUAUAUUCUACUUCAUAAUGGAGUAUCUUUUUCUUUUCAUAAUAAAAUACAAUUUUCCAUCUUUAACUUUCUCUAUAAAGUCUUCGAUCCAAUUGCAGCUUAAUCAGUUGUAAUUAUUUAGUGAAAUCUACAGUCAUUUCUUCUUCCCGAAAACCCUACUUUUACCUUAUCAUUUUCUUCUUCUUCCCUCUAUUAUUAGUCUCUUCUCAUAUUCAAUAAAAAUAAAAAAAUUUAAAAGUAGUCAUCGUGACAUUUUAAUUGGAUUUCUUUGAAGUAUAUACGAUGGGUGAUUCUUCCGCUCAAUACAUCCACUUGGUACAUCACUUGAUUGAAGAAUGUUUAUUGUUCAACAUGAGCAGAGAGGAAUGCAUGGAAGCACUCUCCAAACAUGCAAAUAUACAGCCAGUUAUCACCUCCACAGCAGUGUGGAAGGAGUUGGAGAAGGAGAACAAGGAGUUCUUUGAGACUUACAAGAGAAAACACAAGGAGGAAGGAUCAUCAACAAGUAAUAAUACAAAAUCUCAAAUGGAGAUAACAAGACAAAGAAUCAACAAUUUGCUCUUGGAUUCGUCAUACUCUAACGAUCAUAAGGAGUAAUACGAUUAAUGUCUCAAAAGUGUGAUUAUAUUAUUUGUUUCUAUACAUGGGGAGUGUACUAAGUUUUUCUUUCUUUCUUUUGGGUUAGUACUUAGUAGACAACG